AUGGGUUCGAAUCAUAACGGGGUUCCACCGCCGGAGGGCUACGCGGCAAGCGGCAAGAUUAUGCUCAUCGCCAUCGUCGCGCUCUUAACCACCACCCUCCUCAUCUUCUUCCUCCACCUCUACCUCCGGUGGCGGGUCCUCCGCCGCUUCGCCUCCGCCCGCCGCCGCAUCCGCCGCCGCCUCGUCUUCGCCGGCGAGGCCCACGGCGCCCUGCGCCCCGCCGAUCGCGGGUUGGCUCCUGACAUCCUCGAGUCCCUUCCCGUCCUCGUCUUCUCCGCCGCUGGAGGCGAAGGAGAUGGGGAGGAGGUGGUGGAGUGCGCGGUGUGCCUGAACGAGUUCGUGGAGGGGGAGAAGCUGCGCUCCCUCCCGCUGUGCGGUCACCGAUUUCAUAUCGAGUGCAUUGACAUGUGGUUCCACUCCCACUUCACCUGCCCCCUCUGCCGGGCCGCCGUGAAGGCGGCGUCGCCGCCUGUCAAUCCCAUCGUCUCGGUGCGAGUACUGGCGUCGAAUCCUCCGGAGGCGGCGGCGGAGGAACGGGCUCGUUCGUCCUCCGGUCUGUGCUCCAGGUGCCGAGCGGAGGGGAUCGGGUCUUCGUCGGCUACUUUGGGGUGUCCGGAGCUGAGGAUCGAGGCACCGGCGAGGUGGGGCGAGGGGUUCGGGGGACCUGAGGAAGAGCUAGGUUUAGGAUUAGGGUUGGGAACGCCGGGGGUGCAGAGGAUGAAGUCGCCAGGUAGCCGCAUGCAGCUGCUUACGAGGCUUCUAAGCAGGGAUAAGAGGCUCUAUUGCGGCGGAAAUUCGGAGGCAGAACCGGAUCUGGAGAGGGGGGAAGGGGCGGAGCGGUCUCCACCUCCUCCGCCGCCGCCGCCGCCGCCGCUUCCACCAACGGCGGCGGCACUUUAG